AUGGGCUGCGCUGGAUCAAAAACCGGCAAAGCUGAAGGUGAUUCGGACCGUUAUCAUCAAGAAAUAUUACAUGCAGCACAAAGUGGUGAUAUUAAAAGAUUAAAAGAUACAUUUGAUGAAUUGGAUAGACGUAAAGCUUAUGCGACGAAGAAGGAAGUACUUAAUAUGGUCCUUAAUCCACUCAUGUGUUCAAUACCGCCGGUGAUUGGCAUUGGUCUCGUAUUUUUUUUACUCAUUCCAUUUUGCAUUUAUAUGGAGGAGUUAACAUCAACUUCACCGCUCUUGCCUUCCGUUGAACAAGAAACAACAGCAAAUAACUAUCUUAAUGUUCGAACAACGCGAAAAAAUUUAUUACAAAUGGUUUUUAAUUUGAGAGUUAAACAUUCAAAAAUUAAAACAACAAAAAAAAUAAAUAAAUAUUCAUCAGCAACUUCUAUCAGACAAAAUAAUAUAAGUCAAAAUUAUUCUUAUCAUCGCCGUAUUAAACAACUUAAAACAAAAUGGACAAAAUAUGUGAUAAAUUCGACGACAAAUAAAAUAUUACCAGAAUAUCCUCGACCACAAAUGAAACGUCAACAAUGGAUAAAUUUAAAUGGUUUAUGGUCAUUUACAAUGACAUAUCGAAGUUCAAUUAUUCAACAGCGAACGAUUAAUUAUAAAUUAAUAUUUAAUGAAACAAUUCGUGUACCUUUUCCCGUUGAAUCUUAUCUCUCUGGUAUUCGUCGUAUGGUACUAUCUAAUCAUUAUCUCUGGUAUCAACGUCGACUACAAAUUUCACAGAAUUGGCUAGGAAAAUUUAAUCGUCUUCUUUUACAUUUCGAUUCGGUUGAUUAUGAGACAUAUGUGUGGAUUAAUCGAAUUUUCGUAGGAAAACAUCGAGGAGGCUAUCAAUCAUUUUCUUUCGAUAUAACAGAAUAUUUGCAAACAUCGAUUAAAGAUAAAUUCAAUUAUUAUCAACAAGAAUUAAUUGUUCGAGUAUGGGAUCCAACUAAUGAAGGUUAUCAAACACGCGGUAAACAAUUAUUAAACUCGCCAAAAAAGAGUAUCUAUUAUACACCCGUCUCUGGUAUAUGGCAAACAGUGUGGUUAGAAUCUGUUCCACUCGUUUAUAUUUCAAAACUAUGGUUUCAAACGACUAUUGAUCAUCAAAAUAUAAGUACACUUCACUAUCGCGUAGACAUAAAUAUUAAGAAUAGAAAAUCAGAAAAAGUUGUUCAAUAUAUUUCACCAUCAUCAAUUGUUUACUUAAACUAUAAUGAAUUCGAUAAUAUUUCUUGGGAUCUAACAGAUCUUCUCGAUAUUGAACGACGCACUUCUACAAAAAAUGAUCCAUCGGUAUUUCAUUCUUCUGUUAAGCUCCUAAAAAAUACUCGUUACGUUCUUAAAUUAAUAUUAAAAUAUGAGAAUGAUGUAAUAGUUGAAAAAACAGAUAUUGUGCCAAAUCUAGAACAAAAAUUUGUAUUGAAUAAAAAUGCUGUUAAAUUAUGGUCACCUGAGUUUCCAAAUUUGUAUAAUAUCACUAUUAAAUUGUAUGAAAAACACACUAAUAUCACUACAAUUAAAACAUUUCAAAAUAGUAUUAAUAAUAAACUUCAUCAGUUUCGUUUGUUUGAGAAUGCUUUUGGCGUACAUAAUCAUCAAAAAUUAGACGAAAUCGAGAGUUAUAUUGGUUUUCGAUCAAUCAGUUUAUGUGGUAGUUCUAUAAAACAAAUAUGUUUAAAUAAUGAGAAAUACUUUAUGUUAGGUGUACUCGAUCAAGGUUAUUGGCCAGAUGGACUUUAUCGUUCCCCCACAGAUUCAGCUUUAAAAUAUGAUAUUGUUAAAAUGAAAUCACUCGGUUUUAAUACGAUUCGUAAACAUAUGAAAAUUGAAAGUAGUCGAUGGUAUUAUUGGUGCGAUGUAUUAGGAAUGUUGGUAUGGCAAGAUAUGCCUGCAUCAGAUUCAUACUAUGGAUAUGAAGUUGAAUUAAGUGAAGACGAAAGACUGAGAGUAAUACGAGAUAGUAUAUUAAAUACGAAUAACAUUGAACUAGAUUAUCCUCAUCUUAAUUUGUCGAUAAAUGGAACUAUUAUGAAAUCUGUACAAGAACAAGAACAAGAACAAGAACGUCCCGUAUUCUUACCAAACACUGUUAAUGGUCAUCAGAAAGGAGAUCAACGAAGUUUAGAAUCAAAACUACAAUUUGAGUAUGAAUUAAAAUCAAUGAUUGAUACACUCUAUAAUCAUCCGUCGAUCGUUGUUUGGGUACUGUUUAAUGAAGAAUGGGGUCAGUACGAUACAUUGAGAUUAGGUGUAUGGCUCAAAUAUUACUCUGGUCAAUCUCGUUUAAUAAAUGCUGUUAGCGGUUGGCAAGAUCGAUCUGUGGGUGAUAUCAGAGAUGUUCAUGAUUAUACAUCUCAGAUAGAACUACCAUUAGUAAAUACCUAUGAUAGAACUAGUCGUGCACUUGUUCUAGGAGAAUGUGGAGGCUAUGGUUUAAUUAUUUCGCGUAUGCAUACUUGGAACUUUGAGAGUGAUGAAGGAUGGAGUUAUUCUCAUUUUAAAGAUAAAUAUUUAAUUACAUACAAAUUUGAACGAUUAAUGAUGCAGAUAAACGUUUUAAAACAUCAUUCAUAUUUAUCAUCGAUAAUAUACACACAGUUGUCUGAUGUUGAAUAUGAAUUAAACGGUAUUCUUACGUAUGAUAGAAAAAUAACAAAAUAUAUACAAAGUCAUAUAAAAAACGCUAUGAAAUUUAAUUUUACUAAUAUUUAUCGUAUGCAUAUAGUUUUUAGUGGAAAAUUGUACUCUACACCGUGGAAUUAUUCAAACAAUGAAACAAUGAAAAAUAAAAAGCAAAUAAAAACAGCUCCUUUUAGAAAUUUUACAAAUAUUUGGUUAAAUAGAACGUUUACACUCGAUUCAUCAACUAAAGAUAAAUAUCGUCAUUAUUAUUUGUAUCUAAGUUAUUAUUUUUCUUAUGUAAAUAUUACAAUCGAUAAUCGUUAUAAAAUAGAUCUAGAAGAUCCAUCAAUUGAAUAUGUUUUUAUACCAUUAAAUUAUACUAUUCAAAAUAUGUUUAAGUCGAAUAUUAAUCGAUAUAGAGAAGCAGAUGGUUUAACAGCAUUAAGUAUAGCAGCUGGAAAAAAACAUAAACCAAUUACAGAAAUAUUAGCAAAUUGUCCCGAAGUUGAUGUUAAUCAAGCCUCAUUAUCCGGUAUUACUCCACUAUUAAUGGUCGCUGAAGUUGGUUGGCCAGAUAUAUUACAAAUAUUAUUAAGUCGUCGUGCUCUUGUCGAUUCAGCUCCGUCUGGUAAACGUGCAGAAGAAAAUAAAAUAGCUGGUAGUACACCAUUGAUAGGUGCAACAAAAUAUAAUCAUCCAGAAUGUGUCAAAAUUCUUCUACAAAAUAAAGCUGAUCCAAAUCAUCAAAAUCAAAGUGGAAUUAGUGCAUUGAUGUUAGCAGCUGAACAAGGCUAUUUUGAAUGUGUCAAAUUAUUAGUGCAAUAUGGAGCUAAACUUGAACUAGCACCGAGUGGACAAUUGGCGUUGAAUAUGAAUCUAUGUGGUCAAACACCGUUGUUCUGUGCGGCUAAAGAAGGACGACAAGAUAUUGUGAAAUAUUUAUUAGAACAAGGGGCCGAGCCUCGUGUUCAAAAUCAUUAUGGCGUUAGUGCCCUAUGGAUUCCCGCUCAAAAAGGAAUGUUAAAUGUUGUAGAGCUAUUACUGGACGCUAAAGCUGAAACAGAAAUAGCACCAUUCGGACAUCUGGCUGAUGAUUUAAAUAUUACGGGUUGGACACCGUUAUACGCAGCAAUGAAAUCAAGAAAAUUUGAGGUUGUUAAAUUAUUGUUGAAGCGUGGUGCGAAUCCAAAUGCUGUUACUAAAUUGGGUUCGACACCAUUUUUAUUAGCAUCAGAAAUAUGUGAUUUAGAUGUUAUUGAAGCGUGUGUAGAAGCUGGAGCCGAUUUAGAUUUUGCACCAUCUGGGAAAGAUGCUGAUAAUUUAAAUAUAACUGGACAAACAGCACUAUUUAUGGCCACGCUUAAAGAGCGAUUUGAUGUUGUUAAAUAUUUAAUAUCAAAAACAGCUAAAGUUAAUGUACAAAAUAGAUAUGGUGUUAGUCCAUUAUUAUUAUGUGCUGAAAGUGGAAAUAAAGAAUUAGUUCAACUAUUAGUUGGAGCGGGAGCAAAUGUUAAUAUAACACCAGCCGGUGAAUUAGCUGAAGAAAAUUUUUUAGCAGGACAGACUGGUGCAACUCCAUUGUAUACUGCCGCUGAAGAGGGCCAUUUUGGAGUUGUUGAAUUAUUAAUUCGUCAUGGAGCAGAUGUAAAUCGUUCACCACAAGGCAAUGUUGCAAAAGAUUUAAGAAUUGAAAAUCAAACACCAUUAUUAAUUGCUUGUAUGAGAAAUCAUGAAAAAAUAAUUCGAUUUCUUAUUCAAAAUGGAGCCAAUGUCAAUGUUACAUCGGAUAGAGGAUCAUCACCAUUUUUAGCCAUUUGUCAGCAUAAUAAUGUUGAAUUAGCCUCUUUAUUAAUUAAACAUGGUGCUCGUUACGACGUUGAAGCCUAUAAUUUGUAUGAUGGGAAAAUAAAUGGACUUAUUGUCGCAGCUGAAUCUGGAUCAUUUGAUAUUUUAAAAUUAUUAGUAGAGAAUGGUUUAGAUGUUAAUUAUAGAAUUGAAGGAAAAGGUGAAACAGCUGGACGUACACCACUAUUUUGUGCAUGUGCCAAAGGCUAUCAAGAGAUUGUACGAUAUUUAAUUGAUCACGGAGCGGAUGUGAAUGGAACAGAAAGGAGUGGUUUAUCUUGUUUACACAUUGCAUCAGCAAUGGGUCACAGUGAAACUGUUCGUAUCUUAUGUGAAAAUGGUGUGAAUAUUGAUCAACAAUUUCGUUUCGAAGAACAAGAUGUGACUGCAUACGAUUUAGCCGAUUCACAAGAUCGCAACAGUGUAUGCGAUGUUCUUAAACGAUAUGGAUGUAAAUUACCGAUAGAAGGCGGAGGAGGAUCAACUUCGUCAACAACACAAAAGUCACAGUUACAAUAA